AGGGGCUGAUGAGACCUUAAAUCCCUAUACAGUUAGAAAGGGUGGUACGAAGAACCAAUGUAGGAUGUGCAAAAAAUAUGGUCACAAUACUAGAACAUGCACUGCGAGGAUGCGACAUGAUGAAAGACAAGAACGUAGGCGGAAUUUCUAUAGAAAACAUGCAGCAAAUCUUGACUGCAAUCUUGACAGGUUGGAUGGUUCAUCCAGUGCCCCAUCUGUGGCCCAAUCUACUGCAUCAAUGCCAAGUGCCCCAUCCAGUGCCACAUCCAGCGCCCCAUGUGUUGGUAAUCCUACUCACCCAACAGGAAGUAGGGGGCAAAAGAGGAGAAGAGAAGAUGGUUCAAGCAGUGCGUCUGGACAAGGUCAGGGAAGGGGUGCAAGCAGUGCAUCUACACAAAGUCGAGGUCAAAGGAGCACAAGAGGAAGGGGUGCAAGCAGUGAAGGGGAAGGACAAGGUCAGGGUGAAGGCAUUGCAACUGCACAAGGUAGAGGGCAAAAUACGACAAGAGGAAGGGGUGAAAGCAGUACAACUACUGCACAAGGUCGAGGUCAAAGGAGCACAAGAGGAAGGGGUGCAAGCAGUCAGGGUGAAGGCAUUGCUACUGCACAAGGUAGGGGGCAAAAGAGCAAUCUCGGGUUGGCCACCAGGACAAGAAUAUCUGGCAGGUUGAGAACUUCUGUUUUACAAACAGGAAUGCACAAGAGCAAAGGAAAACUCCUUGUCGAUCUCACUGGAAACCCUGUUGAACCACCGAAAGUUCCAGGGGGUGGACCAGCAUGCUCAUGGGGUCCUCCCAGAAGUGCAACUGGUAUCACUUCUAGAGUUGCUCCCCCUGAUUUCGACAUGCACAAUUUGGUUGCUGCAUCCACUGUCAUUCCUCAACCAGAAGUACAAGGAGUUGCAAAGAAGAAUGACAAAGGGAUGAAAAAGAUGUGGAGAGUCUGAACAUGGUUUAUCAUUAUGUUGACAUAUGUUAAAGUGUGAUGAUAGUUAUGUUAUGUUAUGUUAUGUUAAAGUUUGAUGAACAAGUUUGCUAGUUAUGUUAUGUUAAAGUGUGAUGA